GGACACGUGUGACAAUCGCAUGACCUGCUCCACCAGCUCUGCCUCCAGCCUCGACACCAGUGCCCAGUUCCAGGAGAAUAAUGGGCAAACGCAGAGCACCAGAUGGGACGAACAGCAGAAAGUAUUUGCCCUCGAGCAGGUCUGUGGUGUCUUUAGAGUGGACCUCGGACAAAUGAGAUCCCUUCGCCUCUUCUUUAGUGAUGAGGCAUGCACCUGUGGGCAGCUGGUUGUUGCGAGCAGGGAGAGCCAGUACAAGAUCUUCCAUUUUCACCAUGGUGGCCUGGAUAAACUCUCGGAGGUGUUUCAGCAAUGGAAGUACUGCACAGAGACCCACCUCCAGGACCAGCAGCUUACUGAUGAGAAAACAUGUAUGCAGUUCUCCAUCCGCCGUCCCAAGCUGCCCUCCUCGGAAACCCACCCGGAAGAGAACACGUACAAGCGUCUCGAUGUGUCUGCCUGGCUCCGUCACCUGAAUGAAUGCGGACAGGUGGAGGAGGAGUACAAGCUGCAGAAGGCCAUUUUCUUUGGUGGGAUUGAUAUUUCCAUCCGUGGGGAGGUGUGGCCCUUUCUGCUGCACUUCUACAGCUACCAGUCCACCUCUGAAGAGAGGGAGGCACUGAGACUGCAGAAGAGGAAAGAAUACUUUGAGAUCCAGGAGAAAAGGCUUUCCAUGACUCCAGAUGAGCAGAAGGAUUUUUGGCGUAAAGUACAGUUCACGGUAGAUAAAGACGUCGUGAGGACUGACCGCAGCAACCAGUUCUUUCGAGGGGAGGACAACCCAAAUGUGGAAACUAUGAGGAGGAUCUUGCUGAACUAUGCAGUAUUUAACCCAACGAUUGGAUACUCCCAGGGGAUGUCCGACCUGGUUGCCCCACUCCUGGCAGAGGUCCUAGAUGAGUCGGAUACUUUCUGGUGCUUUGUAGGAUUGAUGCAGAACACGAUCUUUGUCAGCUCACCUCGGGAUGAGGAUAUGGAGAAACAGCUGAUGUACCUGCGAGAACUGCUACGCCUCAUGCACCCGCGCUUCUACCAGCACCUUUCUUCCUUGGGAGAGGAUGGCCUGCAGAUGCUUUUCUGUCACCGUUGGAUCCUCCUCUGUUUUAAACGUGAAUUUCCAGACGCUGAGGCUUUGCGCAUGUGGGAAGCGUGCUGGGCUCACUAUCAGACUGAUUACUUCCACCUCUUCAUCUGUGUGGCCAUCGUGGUGAUUUAUGGGGAUGAUGUCAUUGAACAACAGCUGGCCACUGACCAGAUGCUGCUGCAUUUCGGCAACCUGGCUAUGCACAUGAACGGGGAACUUGUACUCAGGAAGGCGAGGAGUCUGCUCUAUCAGUUCCACCUGCUACCCCGCAUCCCCUGCAGCCUGCAUGACCUGUGCAAGCUCUGUGGGACAGGAAUGUGGGACAGUGGCUUCAUCCCCGCUGUGGAGUGCUCAGGCCAUCACCCGGAGUCCGAGAGCUGCCCGUACGGGGGACUGGCGGAAGAGUCUUCUCCUAAACCAGGAAGUGAGGGCAAGAGAGGCUUGAAAACACGGGACGUCUUUGCUUUCCGAAAAUAGCUGUGGAGGAACAGGGUGUGACAGCGGAAGAGGGAAGGGCAGGAAGGAUGUGCAUAGGAAAAAAACACUGAAGACAAAAAUGGAGGG